AUGUACACCACCAGACCUUUAUCUCUUUACAAGAACUCUCCGGAGGCCAUCUCAUUGCUUCCGGAAGGUCGAAAUUCUGGUUACUUGGUUCUUCAAGAUGAAGAAUCAACACCAACCUGUUGUUUUGGCAUGUGCAAGGAUCCAUCUAUCAAAGAUCUACCAUUUCCUCAAAACAAACGCCUCUCCAUCGAAUAUGAGGUGCAGACAGGUGAAAAUAGCAGCUAUCACUCUUAUGAUGAGGUCUACUUGAUUCCUGUCAUCAACCAGCCACUCUCAUCCAACCUGUAUUAUGCAAUCAAAGCAGAUGGAAAGCGGAAAGGGGAAGCAUAUGCAAGCUCAAAAGAACAAGACAUGGGAACCUGCUGUUUCUGCAUCCCAUGCAUCAAAGAUGUUAAACCAAGAUCCUUUGACCCAAAUGACAUAUAUCAGCAAUUCGAGUUCUCUGUAACAAAAACCUUCCUAAUCAGUAACAUGAUUGUAGCUAAAUCUGUAGCAGCUGAUGGGCACCCUCCUCAGUUCUUACGCAGAAAAGGAUGGCAGAUGAAUGCCAAGUCUCCAAAAGGUUUCACCCUUGGAGAGGCUCGAGGUCUAGACGCUUCUCUUCGCACUCAUCUUCCAGACUUCAACUUCACAUCACCUCAAGAAUGUUCGAAAUUUGUGGUUGUUGGUAAGUGGUACUGCCCUUUUAUAUUCAUCAAAGAAGGGACGGAGAAGGAUCAAAUAAAAAAUACAGCGUUCUAUGAGAUGACUCUUGAGCAAAGAUGGGAGCCGAUAUUUGCUGCUGAGAAGAGUUACAGUCACGGAAAGGUAGUGAAAGUCGAUGUUGUGGUUCCAACAGAAAUUGUAAAAAUCGCAGGUCAGGAAGCUGCGCGAGAAGAGAGAAACAAUGAUAGAGGGGUGGUAUGGUUCAAGACUAUAGAUGGAAGAAGAACUGUAGAACAAGUGGGGCUGAGCUCAUUGAUUAUAGAAAGAAUGAUGUGGGAACAAGAAAGAGUAGGAUGGGUUAAACACAAAGAUAAGCGCAUCAGGGUGGUUAAAGAUGAGGGAUAUGAAGGAAUCGGAGAGUGGAAAACUUUUGGUUGCUAUUUGCUAGUCGAAAGUUUUGUUCUUAAGAGGAAUGAUGGAAGCAUCAUACUAACAUAUGAUUUCAGGCACACUCAUCAGAUAAGAAGCAAAUGGGAGUGAUAUCAAUGUGUCCUACGUUUUCUACAGACAUGUAACUUUGUUUUCCUGCGGUCCUCCCAUUAUGUAUAAUCCUUUAUGAUGUUGGUUAUUGCUCCAAAUUUUACAAUGGUUUAUGUAAUAGCUAAACUAAAGUAUGUUGAAAUUACUUUGUAUUGUGUUUGAGAAAUAAAACAGAUUAAAUAUCA